AAUCGCAGGACCUGUGUUACCGCAAUUAACCGCCAGAGGGCGACAUCGUCCCGUGUGCGGUGCUGGGUCCCGGAAGUUGUGACAACGUGCUCCCCAACGCGACCACCACAAUGAAAGCUAUCAUUCAGAGGGUCACCAAGGCGACUGUGACAGUGGGCGAGGAGCAGGUCAGCUCGAUCGGACGUGGACUGUGUGUGCUGCUGGGUCUGUCUGUGGAGGACACGCAGAAGGAUGCUGAGUACAUGGUACGCAAGAUCCUGAACCUGCGGCUGUUCGAAGACGAAAACGGCCGAGCGUGGAGCAAAAGCGUCAUGGAGAGGGAUUUCGAGGUUCUGUGCGUGAGCCAGUUCACCCUGCAGUGCGUCCUGAAGGGCAACAAGCCGGACUUCCACUUGGCCAUGCCCGCAGAGCUCGCUCAGCCCUUCUACAACAGCAUCCUGGAGAACAUGAGGAGCACCUACAAACCAGAGCUCAUUAAAGAUGGGGAGUUCGGGGCUCGCAUGCAGGUCCACAUUCAGAACGACGGACCGGUCACCAUCGAACUGACGUCACCGACUGGACCCACAGACCCCAAACAGCUAUCAAAGCAGGAAAAGCAGCAGCAGAGGAAAGAGAAGACCCGCUCCAAGGGCCCCUCGGAGUCCGGCAGGGAAAAGGGGGCCCCGCGUUCCCGGCAGGACCCCAACGCCAGCAGUGGGGCAGAGGGUGACGUGUCUUCAGAGAGGGAGCCCUAGGUCAUCGAGAUGUCACACUGGGGACGUGACGGUGAGCCCAGUUUCCUCAGGAAGGCCACAACCUCAGCGACUCUCACCUGAUCCUGGACUGUCCUUCCUGUUUGGAAAUCUGCAGGAUUUUUUCAGCCUGUUUCAGAACAUCGUGCC